GCCACUUCUUUCCUGAAGCAUGUUAUUCAUUCUUAUGAAUUAAGUUUAAUAAGUAAUAUUUCGCAAUAAGCGGUUUUAUUGCAUUUCAAAAUGUCACUGUCAACUGCGAGGUCUUUUCUAUCUGAAGCAGGAUAUGGGGAACAAGAGCUGGACGCCAAUUCGGCUCUCAUGGAGUUAGACAAAGGACUACGAUCUGGCAAGCUUGGGGAGCAGUGUGAAGCGGUGGUCCUUUUCCCCAAGCUCUUCCAAAAGUACCCCUUUCCCAUUCUGAUCAACUCCGCUUUCCUGAAGUUGGCUGACAUCUUCAGACUUGGAAACAACUUCCUGCGUCUGUGUGUCCUGAAAGUGACCCAGCAGAGUGAGAAGCAUUUGGAGAAGAUUCUGAAUGUCGAUGAGUUCGUGAAGAGAGUCUUUUCUGUCAUCCACAGCAAUGACCCUGUCGCCCGGGCCAUCACACUCAGGAUGCUGGGCAGUCUGGCCUCCAUUAUUCCGGAGCGCAAGAACGCCCACCACAGCGUGCGCCAGAGCCUGGACUCACACGACAACGUGGAGGUGGAGGCAGCCAUCUUCGCAGCUGCCAGCUUCGCCGCACAGUCCAAAGAUUUUGCGGUGGGGAUUUGUAACAAACUUCGUGAAAUGAUUCAAGGUCUGGACACCCCGGUGGAGAUGAAGUUGAAGCUGAUCCCGGUGUUGCAGCACAUGCACCACGACGCCUCGGUAGCCUCUGCCAGUCGGGAGCUGCUGCACCAGCUGCUGUCCUCCUACCCCUCCACACACAUGGCCAUCGUCACCCUGCACACCUUCACACAGCUCGCCGCCGCAUCACUCAUCGACAUCCCCAAACAGAUCCAGCUGCUGCUGCAGUAUCUGCGUGAGGACGGCAGGAAGGCCAUCAAGAGACUCUGCAUCCAAGACCUCAAGCUGAUCGCCAAGAAGGCACCGCACCUGUGGACCCGCGACAACACACAGACACUGUGUGAGUGUGCCCUCAGCAGCCCCUACAACAGUCUGAAGCUGGGCAUGCUCUCUGUGCUGUCUGCUCUCUCUGGGACCAUCGCCAUCAAGCACUACCUCAGCUCCGCGGCAGGCUCCGCCCCUUCUCCACCACCUCGGCAGACCGACCUGGUGCGGCUGGCUCAGGAGUGCUGUUACCAUAGCAACCUGCCGGUGGCGGCCCACGGAGUCACGGUGCUGUCCAACAUCGUCAUCGCCUGCCCGGAGAAGAGCCAUCACACACCCGAGGAUGUUCUGCAGCUGGAGCAGGACACUGUGAUGGGGGUGGAGUCGCUCAUGGUGCUCUGUAGUCAAGACGACAGCGCCACAGCUCAGGCCACACUCAAGAUGGCGCUGACGUCGCUGGUGCGGAUGCUGAAGGUGCGCCCUCACCUGGCCCAGGUGUGCGUGGAGCUGCUGCUGUGCCAGCUGCGCUCGGCGUGCGAUCCGGCCCGCGUCCAUCUGUGCCACGCCCUGGCCGCCGUCGCCAGCCAGCUUCCUGUGCUUGGUGAGGGCAUGCUGGGAGAUGUAGUCGACCUGAUCAGGGUCGCCGCCCACUCCAGCUCUGACAAGCAGCAGGAGCUACUGGUCUCCUUGGCAACAGUGGUGUUUGUGGCCAGCCAAUCGCGGCUGUCGGCGGAGGUGAAAUCGGUGAUCAGGGAACAGCUGGAGAACGCCGCCAACGGCUGGACGGUCUACCGCAUUGCCAGACAGGCCUCACGCAUGGGCUGCCAUGCCUUCUCCAGUGAGCUGUACCAGAGCCUGCGUACGCGCGUGGCCUCGGAGCACCUGUACUUCUGGCUGAGCGGGCUGGAGGAGUUCUCCCAGGCCGAGCAUUUCCUGUCGGAGCUGCGGGACGGAGAGUACAGCGCCGCCACCACCGCCAUCGCAGAGGCCCUCCGCGCCUACCAGAAGGGCAUCGCGUCGCUCACAGCGGCGAGCACCCCCAUGAGUCCGCUGUCGUUCCAGUGUGAAUUUGUGAAGCUGCGCAUCGGCACUCUGCAGGCCCUCGGGCAGCUCAUCUCCACCUGCAACAGCCUGAAGACCAGCCCUCCCCCCGCCAUCGCCACCUCCAUAGCACUCACCUCCGGCAGCGAACUGCAGCGCUGUGGACGCAUCUCUCUACAGAUGAAAGUGUGCCUGGAUGAGUUCCGGAGUCUGGCUGCCCGCUACGCUGACCUCUACCACUCCUCCUUCGACGCCGACCAGGCCACCCUGCGCAACGUGGAGCUUCAACAGCAGAGCUGUCUGUUGGUCUCCCAUGUGAUUGAGGCCCUUAUUCUGGACCCACACGUUGGCAGUUUCCAGGAGUACGGGGGCGCGGGCUCGGUGGCGACAGAGAGUGAGUACGAGAGGCAGAUGACGGGCGUCUUCAGCCGCGUGCUGGAGGAGGUGGAGAACCUCGGCAGGAAACACCCGCCCGUGUCAUACCUGCACACGGCGUGUCUGUGUGACGCGGUGAUCGCGCUGCUGAAGGUGCCCCUGUCCUUCCAGAGGUACUUCUUCCAGAAGCUCCAGUCCACCAGCAUCAAGCUCGCCCUGUCGCCGUCGCCACGGACACCGAGCGAGCCAAUCCCGGUGCAGAACAACCAGCAGCUGGCGCUGAAGGUGGAGGGUGUGGUGCAGCACGGCUCGAACCCCGGCCUCUUCCGCAAGAUCCAGGCCGUCUGCCUGAACGUCAGCUCUUCGCUGCAGAGCAAGCCCGGGCCUGACACCAAGGUGCCCCUGGAGUCCAAGACCAAUGAGAUCGAGCAGCGCGUUGAGCCGCACAACGACUACUUCAGCACCCAGUUCCUGCUCAACUUUGCGGUGCUGGGCACGCACGCCGUGUCGGUUGAGGCCUCGGUGGUGGACGAGAGCGGCGUGGAGUGGAAGACAGGCCCGCGCUCCCUGCUCUCUGUCAAGUCCCUGGAGGACCCCUUCUCCCAGCAGCAGAGGCACCUCAUGCAGCAGCAGCAGCAGGCGCAGCAGGCUCAGCAGGCGCAGCAGCAGCAGCAGCCCACCGCAGCCCAGCAGGCAGCAGCACAGGCCGCCGCCGCUCAGAGGAGCGCCUACGGACGCUUCCAGUGACCACCAGCAGAGGGAGCCCAUACACCAGCUGAUGCUGAGCUGCUUAGCAAGAGGAGCGGCCAGAGUAUGGACGCUCCCAGUGAUGAGCGAGCACCGUUAGGGAACCUGACUAGAGCCAUGUAUGGAGAUGUGACACACACACACACACACACACUAUACAGCAGGGCAGUAGCACCCAGUCUGCUGCAGAGGUGCGCAUAUACAAGUAGUUUCAGUUAUGAUGAUUGACCACCACCAUGUAUGGAGGUAUGGGAUGCAAGUCGUUUCUCCCAACUCAGGUCUUUUACUCGGCCCCCUGUCCCUGUCAUUGUUGUGAACUUGGGUCAAGUCAGUUUUAGAUUGUCCCCCUCUACUAGCUGCCUCUAACUGUCUAUGGGUCAGCUCAGCUUGGGGGCCUAUGUGCAUUUCCAGAGGUGACCAGCAGAGGGACCCCACGGGGUGCUGCUGAGCAGAGGGCAGCCUGCGCUUACAGUAGUCUGCCACAGGAGGGAGCCACAAAUGGACAUCGGGGACAAAGGGGCCUGAGGGCCAAAGGGAUUUUCACUGCCAUUACCCAAAACCUCAUGUGUCUGUGCAGUCAUUAAAUGGACCAUUUCUUGCAAGUCCUCA